UACAGCUAGCAGCAAGGGUCGGGCAUCCUUGAGCCGCGCAGGCGCAGUUGUUCUUUUGGCGCUCGGGCUCCACAUUGGCGGAAAGGAGAGGAAGGUACCAUAGAGACGGCGCGAUGGGGACGCCGGCCAGAGAAGAAUUAGGCUUGGUCUUCUGGAGCAGAGCAGCUCAGUUGCCAACCAAUAAAAACUCUCCUUUCAGGAUUGUGGCCAGUAAACAGAAGAUUCCAUCAAGCUCCACCCCCUUGUCUGCCAUGUUCCAUCAAGCCCCGCCCCCUGUCUAGAGUGGACCUGGAAGUAAUGAAGCCUUUAAUAGAAGACCAGAGUUCAGACGAUGAAUAUGAGAAUGAUACAGAUUUACUGCCGCCCGAGAAGAAAUAUCACCUUGAUCAGGAGGGCAUUACAUUCGUUCAAACGCUCACUCACAUCCUUAAAGGGAACAUUGGGACAGGACUUCUGGGUCUUCCUCUUGCAAUAAAACACGCAGGCAUUCUGCUUGGACCAAUCAGUCUUCUCUUCAUUGGAAUUAUAUCAGUUCACUGCAUGCACAUUUUGGUACGAUGCAGCCAGUAUCUAUCUGUCAGAUCGAAAAUACCUUUCUUAGGGUAUAGUGACACCAUUAGCCAUGCGAUGGAAACGUGUCCCUUUCACUUUUUACAGAAACGAUCAUCCUGGGGGAGAUAUGUCGUUGACUUCUUCCUUGUGGUUACCCAGUUGGGCUUCUGUAGUGUUUAUUUCGUAUUCUUAGCUGAAAACAUGAAACAAGUUUGUGAAGGAUACUCUCAAACGAAAUCAUAUGCCACAAAUACUACGGGAACCACCAGCCCCUCAGACAGAAGGACCAUGGAUUUGAGAUUAUACAUGCUGUGUUUCCUUCCAGUUGUAAUCCUCAUGGUUUUCAUUCGAGAUCUUAGACCUCUCUCUGUGUUCUCAUUCCUGGCAAAUUUAGCCAUGGCUGUCAGCUUGAUCAUUAUUUAUCAUUAUGUUAUAGAGGGUUUAUCUGAACCUCGAAAAUUGAACCUGGUGGCUGAUUGGAGUAGAUAUCCCCUUUUCUUCGGCACAGCUAUUUUUGCAUUUGAAGGAAUAGGAGUGGUGCUCCCCAUCCAGAAUAGGAUGAAAGAAGUUGACCGCUUCCCAUUGGCGCUCAAUGUUGGCAUGGGAAUUGUGAUGGCCUUGUAUAUUUCAUUAGCCACCCUGGGAUACAUACGCUUCGGAGACAAAGUCAAAGCCAGCAUUACUCUCAACCUGCCACAAGAUCGAUGGGUGUACCAAAUGGUCAAGAUCCUUUAUUCCUUUGGGAUUUUUGUGACCUAUUCGAUUCAGUUCUACGUUCCUGCGGAGAUCCUCAUUCCUAUUGUAGCAAGCAGAGUGCAGCAGAAGCUGAAGCUCAUCUCUGAGUUGGUUGUGCGAAUUCUUCUGGUCUGCUCAACCUGUGCUAUAGCGAUAUCCAUCCCCCGCCUGGACAUUGUGAUCUCGCUGGUCGGCGCCGUGAGCAGCAGCACGUUGGCUUUGAUCCUGCCUCCGUUGAUUGAAAUCCUCACCUUUUACAAGGAGAAGCUAAGCGGAUGGAUGAUCUUCAAGGAUCUUUCCAUAGCCUCCCUUGGCGUGAUCGGUUUCAUAGCUGGCACUUACGUGAGUGUGAAGGAGAUUAUCUGCCCCACAACGUUGCUUUUUGAGAAUGCCACAGUUGGUUCCACAACCUGCUUCAACACUUCCCACUUGGCCAGGGGAGCCAAUUAAUCUCAGAAGAUUGUGGGCCUCUUGCAUUUCGUAACAGACGCGUGUUUGCAAACCAAAGAGAUUCCAGAUGGACAGGUUUUGAAAGAGAAAAUGGUUGGAGGAGGGAUUUUUUUUUUCUUCCCCCUCCACCGAAAUCUGCUCCUGUGGAGGAUACAACUUAUUCAAGGUUUUUUCCUCCCUUCCGUUCAAGCAUCAUGGACUGCUACGUAUUUCUCUGCAAACGGGACCAGAAAUCAAAGAACCCUUCUUGAUAUCAUGUUUGGACAUCUCACAUUGAGAGAAUAAUCCCUGCCAACUUCUUUAUUUAAAGUUAAGUCAGCCUUUUGAGAGCCUCUUCGCGUCACUUCAGAGAUUAAGAUUUAUGCAAAAACGUGGAUAUCGUCUCUCUCUCUCUGUGUAUUGUGUAAAUCCUCUUUUAUGUUUUCAAUUUUAUGUAUCUACUUGAAACACAAGUAGAAAUGCUUUCUGGUGGAUCUGCUGCCCAAGUGGCCAAGGACUUAAGCCUGUACCAUCACUGCAGUUUUUUCCACUGUGAGAUUAGACCUCAAGUCCCUUAAUUAACAGCCACCAGGGUUUAUCUUGGAAGAGCAAGAUAAAAUCACGAUAUUAGUGUCUAUGGAGAUUCUCAGCUAUCCAGGUCAUGGUUUUCCCAAAGGUGGAUUUUCAGGUGGACUUUCUGUUU